UACAUUGAGGCUUGUACCGCGUGUCCAACAACAAGUAGCAAAACAAAAAAGGCAUCCUCGGUAAUAAAAGAAAAACCACCUCGACGUUGGAAAUCGAUAAAUUCGCAAUAUUGCAGUUCUUGCAUGGAAGGUGGUGAGCUUUUAUGCUGUGAUCGUUGUCCAGCAUCAUUUCAUUUGAUGUGUCAUGAACCACCCAUUGAACGAAGUUCUAUUCCAAGUGGAAAAUGGUUAUGUAAUCGUUGUACUUAUGCCGUGACACACGAUACUAGUCCGAAAACAAACAAAAAAGUACCGAAAUUGGAUGUUGAUUGCUCCUCAGCGAAUGUACGCCGAAAUCACGCAACUAUGUCCAAUAUUAUAGAACAAAAUACAGAUGGUGGCCUAAGUGCACUAACAGUAUUAGCUGAUGCAGCUUUGGCUGCAAAUGCUGAACAGUUUUCCUUGCCGCACGAUUUAUCGUCUGAAAUUCCACCGUUACCGUUUGAUGAGCGAUUAACAUCUACACAGUUAAUGCUACCACCGAAAGCAAUCUGUCAUCUUUGUGCAUCGAGAAAUGAAAAAUCGACUAUGAUCCAGUGUGAUUUUUGUUCACUUUGUUAUCAUCUCGAUUGUCUUACACCUCCUCUUCCUUCCGUGCCAAAAGAUAAAUGGAUGUGUCCAGCUCAUGUGGAACAUAUUUUGGAUCGAAAAUUAGCGAAAACACUUUCAUUGCGUAAACGAUUACUUGUUUGGAGGAAAUAUGCUAGGCAACCAGUUGAUGAACAUUUGGUCAAAAUUUCAUUCCUCAAGAAAGCUCAUCUCGAAAGAAAAGCUGCUGUCGAAGCAGGAGAUGUUUCUAUCGGGAGAAGUGGUCCAUAUUUUUCCGUUCCUGACUGCAUCAAGAAAUUGUAUGAAACACGGUGGAAACGGUGGAAAAAAGAUGAAUUACCCAGUGAAAAGGAACAAGAUCUGUGGUUUAGAAAUGUCGUGCGAAUGCAAAAAAUGCAAGUCGAGCUGGACUUAUCCAGAGACAAAACUACUGAGUUAGACGAAAAGCGAGAUAUUUCUGAGAAGAUACCGAAUGUCGCGAGAGAAUCAGUGAUUGCGGAAACUGUGGAGACAAAACAACAGCCUCAAUCAGAAUUGCAAGACGAUUUGCAUCAGCAAUGUUCUGGUUUGACAAAUUUCGUAGAAUUAUCAUUGUUAAAGCGCGUUCGACGCGGCUGCCUGUCACUGAUGGAAAAUUCGGAAAAUGUGGAAUAUCGCAUUAUUGGUUCUCUUGCUUGUCAGAGACUGGAACAGUUGCUGUGUACCGCCGAAAGCUCUCGGGAUAUUAAGGAAGUGAAAUUUGAAAAAAGUUAA